AUGCCUUCCAUUGCCGACAACGCGUCCAUCUUCUCGGGCGUCUCGGCUGCCCCUUCCCGAUUCGGUGCCUCGCGACAGCCUCAGUUUACUCUCGACACCUUCUCUAGCCAGGAUUUCAUAGUCAAGGACUUUAUCGAAGCUCUUUCAGACGCUGCAAUCCCUCCGAGUCGCCGUACUAGUCCCAACGCUGUCGCCUUUGAUCCUAAACCCUUGAUUCGUACCUUCGAACAGGCCCUGAACAGACUCAAGCUCUUGAGUGAGGACCUCGAGUUGCAAGAGAAUGAAUUGUCCGCCGGUGUGAGGAGAGCAGAAGCUGUGCACAAUACGAAUGUCCAAGCUAGAGAAAGGGAACUCGAACGUGCAGUUGACUCAUUCCACCGCCUAGAAAGGAGCCUGGACAAUGGCGAUCAAGGAGGAAAUGCUGCCGUGAGGAUAGGCGAGAGGCUGGACGAGUUGGAUCGCCAGAGUCAGCGCGCUCAAGACGCCAAGUUCAUAUUACAGUGCUGGAUUGACGUGAGCGAGCGUCGUGAUCUGUCUAGUCUCGAUGAUGUCAGGAGACUUCAAGGUGGUGAGGGAAAGUUGCGCUGCGCUCAUAUUGCUCGUCAGUUGCUCAAGAUCAGCCAAAGACUGGAUUCAUCAAACUCGCUAUCCAAUGGUGAUGGCGUUAACGGCAACGAUACGCCCACUGAGCUGAUUGAGAAGUUCCUCGAAUCGCUGGAGAAGGAUCUUUUGAAACAGUUUGACGACUUCUACAGACGUCAGAACUUUGACGGCAUGAGAGAAUGUGCCGUCGCCCUGAAAGACUUUGGCGAUGGUGCUAGUGUCAUGGGUCUCUUCGUCAAUCAACAUCAGUUCUUUAUCGAUCGCAGCCAGCUUAUUACUGAAGAUCUAGCUGCUGAUCCAGAAACUUGGGAACGUCUUGCCGACCCAGAUACAGAACCGCCAGGUGUUGAGCCUAGUUUGCAGAGUUUGGUAGAUGAGGUGAAGCUUGUCGUUCAAGAAGAGAGCUUUAUCAUCAAANAAGCAUUCCCCUUCCACGAAGAAGUAUUGGUACGCUUCUUACAGAGAAUCUUUCAACAAUCUAUUCAACAAAAACUUGAGAUGGUGCUCGACAAGGCGGAUUCCAUUUCUUCACUAGCUUUUCUUCGAUCAUUGCAAGCCAGCAGAAGCUAUAUCUCUGCCCUGGUUGAAGACUUGAAGGCGCACGGGUUGACCGAACACCCAGAACCUGCUUCUGCGCAGACUGCCGCUGUGCUUGACCAACAACUCGAAGACUUGUUCGUGCCAUACUUCUCUGGCUCGUCAUACAUUGAGCGCGAAAAGAGAAGCUUGGAAGAGCUUUACUCCUCUCUCCUGUUCAAAUUCACAACCUACCACACGCGCCGACGAAAGAUGCCCACAUCAUAUCUCGGCUCCCUGUCAGCGCGCAGCAGAGAACUAAUCUCCUCAACACGCGACACAUAUCUUGAAAGACUCGAGAACUCGGACAUUCCAGCUUCUCAAAAGUCCACUCUUCUACGAAUCGCUGGUCUCAAUGCUACAGCCAGUCAUACUCAGAACAGAAAUGACGUAGAUGUAUCAGAGGAAGACGGUGCACUAAGCCUACCAUUCAUUAAACGCAUGCUCAAAUGGCUGGCCGAGAGUGUAGGCCGCGGACUUGAACUGGCUAACGGCCACGAAACUCCCAAAGACGUGCGUGAACUGCUAAACCUGCUCAUCGCAAACAUGGGCGAGAUAUACCUAGAGACAGCGCUGGACGCAGUCACUGAAUCAGCCACAGCAGCCGAGAGCAGCACAAAGACAGAACCAGAUUUCGGCCACCUUGUCGAUCUCCGCAGCGCAGUUAGCAUCCUCCACCUGCUGCUUGCCACCAUACAGACCCUGCUGCUUCCUCUAGCAGCUAGCAACCUCACCAUCCGCCGCGACCUCGACAAAACAACAAAUUCCUUCAUCGACCGCUGCGAAUCAAAAAUAGAUACCAUCCUUCAAAAGACCAUCGACGCCACCUUAUCAUAUUCCACGCGUAUUUUAUCCCAACAGAAGAAAACAGACUUCCGCCCUCGCGAUGACGCUCUGCUCCAACUAGACCAACUCCAAACACCCACCUGCCUUUCCCUCUUCACCUUCCUCUCCAAAGUCCACAGCAGAGCAGAAACAGCACUCAGCGGCAAAGUGCUCGACAACUUUGUCUUGGAACUGGCUUUGGGCAUUCGCGCCCUGCUCCUUUCCCAUUUCCGCAGUUAUCCUGUAUCUCUCACCGGCGGUUUGAUCGUCUCCAAAGACAUGGCCAAAUACAUUGAACUCUUAAAAUCGUGGAAGACGUUGCCAAAACCGUUUAUCGAGAGUUUGGAAGUGCUGACCGAGAUUGCGAAUUUGUUUGUUAUUGGGCCCGAGGCGUUGAGGGAUAGGAUGAAGGGCUUGGAUGGUGCUGUUGUUGAUAAAUCUACUGCUGGUGCUGGAAGUGCAAAUGGAAAUGUUGGUGCAGGCAGUGGCGGUAUUGAAAAGGCGGAUCUGAAGCCGUUUAUUCUUAUGAGAGAGGAUGCGAGGAGUAUUGGUGUGCAGAGUGUUUUGGGUUUGUAG